AUGGCGCCGAAAGUUCCUAAAAAGCCAUUGAAAUCUAUGGAGAAGCCUAUCGAAAAACCGAUUUCAAAAUCAAAGAAGAUGAAAAAGAAGACGUUUACCAACUUCUCCAUUUACCUAUACAAGUUAUUAAGACAAGUAACACAGAAUAAGAUUGGAAUAUCAAGGAAAUCAAUGUUGAUAAUGAAUAAUUUUGUCUAUGACAUGUUGGAGAAGAUAGCUUCAGAAGCGGGCAGGCUCGUAGCGCAUUCGAAACGGAAUACAUUGAGUAGCCGGGAAAUCCAAUCUGCUAUCAAACUUUUGGUACCAGGUGAACUAGCGAAACACGCAAAUAUGGACGCCUUGAAAGCAGUGACGAUGUACCACAAUAGCCAAGAGAAUGAAGUUUGA